AUCCUUGCUAAAUUUUGAGUGCAUUUAUUUACAGUAAUUCCUUCAAAAUACCUGGCAUAUUGUUAAAGAAAUUACACACAUUGCUUCAUUCAUUUUCAUUGUUUUAUUUAAGAUGUUAUUACAUAACUGCAUGUACAAUAUUAAAACAAAAUUCUAUUUUUUUUUCAUUGGAAACUGACUAACAAUUGGCAUCAAAUUUUUCAUUUAGUUCAUCACAUUUCUUGAUCUCUUAACUAGACACAGAUGUUUACCAGGUUUUGUUUGAGAUAAUUUUGGUCAUAAACUACCAUUGUAAUUCUCAUAUUCAAUAUUUUACGACAUAUCCAGAUUACUAUGUUGAUCAAGGUGAGAUUAUUUAUCAGACACAAACACACCAUAUUAUUGGAUAUGUGAGAAUCAUUAAAUGCCCUCCUUACUUGGAUAUAAUCUCUUUGAAUAUUUAUUUAAUUUAGAUCUCAGAACUUGUCAUUUAAAUAAAGAACAUACUAUCAUCUCUCUGCUUGCUUAAUUUGCAACAUUCUAAUUAGAAAAGUUAGCAUUUAACUGUCUAAGCUUUUGUUAACAUUGUCCUGUAUAAUGUCAAAUUAGUAAAACUCUGAAAGAUUUAUAAUGUAUAAUUAUAAAGAAACUAAGAAAGGUUAGACAAUAUAAAAACAAUCCCUCAAAUUAUAAUCAAUCUUCCAAAGGAAAUUUCUUGAUUAAGGGUGCAUUACAACUCUAGAGUACCAAAUGACCUGACAAAUUGCACUCCUGGUCAAAUAAAUGCCAGCUCAUAAAAUUUACUACCUCUCGAUCAUUGGCCAUUUAAUUGGGAAAAUAUUUCCUCACAAUUGAAUUCAUUCAUAACUGGUCAGCAUGCCUGCUUUGGGGAACUAUCUGUCAUUUAAUAACAUGACUUUCCUAACUGGAAAUAAUACCGUUAAUUCCACAGACUGGACUCCUAUUAUCAUUGAUCCAUCAGUUUUGGACAAAAUUCUUUUUCGGAUCAAACUCUGGCAGAUUUCGCAUGGAUAUAUACUCUUUCCACUUUGUCUGUUUGGAAUCAUUGGAAAUGUUCUAUCCCUGGCCACUCUGACCAGAAAAGCAGUGAGGUCCACCACCAUCUCCAUCUACCUCCGCUGCUUAGCGAUGGCUGACUUUUUUGUCCUACUAACGGCUAUUUUCCGUUACAGAAGCUACAAACUUUUCUUCGAUGAUGAGGGAGAAAAGUGGUCCAUAUAUUACUUUGACCCUUAUGUACAGGUUUAUGUGGAGCCUAUUCACUGGAUGGCACUAGGAGUGUCCAGCUUCACCACACUGGCUCUGUCUAUGGAGAGAUACCUGGCCGUCAGGUAUCCAAUCAGAAUUAAGCGCACCUGUACUCUUCAGGUAGUCAGAGCAGUCAUAAUAGGCAUAAUGACCACAGUCCUCAUCAUAAGCAUUCCCAACUUCUUUGCCUACAGAGUGGGGAUGUUUUUAAGAGACAAUAAAUCCUAUGUGGCAGUAGCCAUGCUGACAGAGAUGGGCAAGAAGACCCUGUACCACUGUGUGUACCACAGCUAUCUCAUUCCGUUCCUAUGGUACAUUUUACCGUGGAUCAUGCUUGCUGUGUUUAGCACUCUGCUCUCCAAGAAUGUCCGCAAAUCCAGUAAAAUCCGUGUCGACAUUCCAGCCACACCCAACCCCAACAGGAACCUGACACUCCUCAUCAUUAUGAUUGUGGUGUUAUUUCUGAUCUGCAACUUCCCAAACUGCAUCAUCGUUUUCUAUAACCUGGUCCAUCACACAAUGGACAACGAUGUCUGUACACACGAGACCCAGGGACUUCUCUCGAAAACCACAAAACUGUAUGAUGUGUUGGAAGUAAUUGGCGAGAUCCUGAACGUAUUUAACAGCUGCAUAAACUUCAUUGUCUACUGUGUUGUUGGAACUAAGUUUCGCAGGGAGUUAAAGAGACUUAUUCUGUGUGAAAAGUGUAAAAAGAAGCGCAAUAAUCGCAUCGUGCCUAGCUACUCCUAUCAUAACCGUCCAAGGGACACAACUACAGAAGUCAUCUCCAGCAUUGCUAGAUAGUAUAGCUGAUACAUAGCUGGUGUAUCCUGAUACAUUUAUAAGUGCAUAAUUUAAAUUUUAAGAGACCAUGCAACCAACAACAAUUGAUCAACAAUCAUUGAAUCUUUAUCUGGUGUCUUACAGUUGAUUUGAGAGAUAAACUUAUUACUGUAAUAUAUGACUACAUAUUCUAUGAUCAGAAUAAUUAAGGUACUAAUGGUCAAAUUAGAAUGAAUUUAGUUAUUGUCAGUAGUUUUUGGUAUCUCUGAUACACACUACUAAAAUUUUAAUCAUAUUGACAGCUAAAUUUCCAGUAUGAUAAAAAUUCACUAUUUUAAUUAUAAGUGGUUAUUGAAAUGGAAUGAUAACUAAUUUCUGUCUGCUUUUAUAAAACCUCAAGAAUCAAUUUUCAUGUUUGUCUAUCUGUUGGUGCAAAAAAUUGGAAAUGUAUGUUAUUACUAAUUCAUCUGUAUUUUAAUAAAUUGUCAAUCAAACUUCAUUUAUUUAGCUAGCCUCCAUCUAAUACUCUCUAAAUCAAGAAAAUCUCCUAUCUUCAUGCAUCAAGGGAGAAAAUAUAUUUUUUUGUUGGUUAAAAAAUAUCAUGUAUAGUUAAUAUAUAAAAGCCAGAUUAAAUAAGAAGCUAUGAAUUGACUGCCUAGUUUC